AAGAAUCCGUACUCAUCAACCGAUACCCAAAUAAUAACGUUUCUCAAUUUUAUCCAGCACGGUACAGGUGCAGCUUCUCAGUACUAACUGUAUUGAACGCUGGUGAGGCGGGGCGUGUCCCCAAUCGACCCACUCCAAGCUCAAAAACAAAAAAAAGAAAACCCAGACAGAGGACGAUUAAUACAUUGCAGAGAUCAAUCUCAUUUACUUGUAAGAGGGUAUACAUAAAGCAAUCGUGCAGUUUACAACAAUACAAAACUGUUCAAUAACGGAGGCACCAACGACAAGCCUGGUGGCCCCCACUAUGUGCUGCGCUGGACCAGCCCUCAGGUGGUGAAGGAGACCCACGUCCCCCUGACUGAGUGGAGAUAUCCCUACAUGGUGUAACCCAGACCCUCCCAGCACAUUCACGCAGGAGCACAGAGCCGGGACCUUCCCAAACAAUGACAGGCUUGUCCAACUACUUUUUAAAAAAAUAAAAAUAAAUAAUUUUAUAAUCCCUCAGGAAAUCAGAUCCUGUAUGUUGUCUUUCUGAUUACACAGAAGCCCAGGUGGUAAACAAAUUUGUCUGAGAGUCAAACCGUCAAAUAUCCCACAAUAUGUAAAUUCUGCUAUAGAAAAAGCACACGCAAACAUGUACAGAGGCAGUGUGUAUAAUCCAUACCCUGAGGAACAACAGUCAUGGCCGUUUCUUUUAUUCUCUUAUUCACACACUUGUGUGUUGUGACCUUGGCUUACUCUGAACCCAGCUGCACAGAAACGCCUGGAUCCCAGUCUGAGUUCCAGCAGGACGGUGAUUAUUUGAUUGCUGGGUUAUUUCCCGUUCAUGAAGCACUUAGUAUAACCAGAACAGUACCUGAACUGCCGGACUGCAAUACUGAAGUUUUCAACAAACAUGGUUAUCAUUUGAUGCAAGCCAUGCGAUUCGCCUUGGAAGAAAUAAACGGUGCCACCAGUGUUCUGCUGCCCGGUGUUAAAUUGGGAUACGAAGCAUACGAUAUCUGUUCAGAGACGGCUAAUCUCCUAGCAGCAUUCAACAUCGUGUCCAAGCAGAACACUGAGCACCAAAAUGAACAGCUAACAACAGAGAAGCACUACGACCCCAAAACUAUAGCUGUGAUCGGGCCAGACAGCAGCACCUAUGCUUUCACCACAGCAAGCAUAAUGGGAUAUUACCUGAUGCCGCAGAUCAGCUAUGAGGCUUCCAAUGAAUUGCUGAGCAACAAAUGGUUAUACCCGUCUUUCUUGCGCACUAUCCCCACCGAUAGGUAUCAGGUGAGGGCGAUGCUUCAGCUACUGUCAGAGUUUCAGUGGACCUGGAUUGCCCUCCUGGGAAGUGAUGAUGACUAUGGGACACAGGGGGUGCAGAGUCUAUCUAAACUGGCAUUGAAAUAUGGGAUCUGCAUAGCUUAUCAAGCCAUCAUACCCUCUUACAACAAAGACACAAGGGCUCAAAUGCUACAGAUGAUUAAAGGCAUUGUCCAAACCAAGGUGAACGUGGUCGUAGUUUUUUCUAACAAUCGCAAAGCCAGCGGGUUCUUCUCACUGGUCGUCGAGCAGAACGUCACGGAUAAAGUGUGGAUUGGUUCUGAAGACUGGUCCAUAUCCACAUUGGUUUCCAGGCUACCUCAAAUCAAAAGCAUUGGCAGCGUCAUGGGGAUAUCCGUCAAGGCGGCAGAGAUGCCCGGCUUUGCCGAGUUUGAAGCUCGUUCUAUUGAAUCAGAUAACUCUAAGGCCAACAAGGAACCAAUGUGCCGAAAUGAAACUUUCUCCGAGAUCCUCGCCUGUUACCAGGUAUGCGACCAGUGCAGGUUGCUGAAUUCUACAGACGUGCCCUCCCUGCUGGAAGCUUUCGAUAUUCAGUCUUCAUUCAAUGUCUACACUGCCGUGUACGCUGUUGCACAUGCACUGCACCAGUUACUAGGCUGCGACUCUGAAGAGUGCCAAAAAAAACAUGUGCACCCCUGGCAGCUCUUGCAACAGAUUAAACAGGUUAAUAUUUCCAUUCAUGACGCCCCGUUAUAUUUUGAUAAUAACGGAGAUCCCCCUACUGGCUAUGACAUAAUUGCGUGGGACUGGGUCGGUGACAGCGUAUCAUACAAGGUGAUCGGAUCAUACAGCCCCAACCCAGAGAGACUGCUAAUCAACAGAGACUUGAUUAACUGGAAUGCCAAGGACAACAAGACAGUGCCCACCUCUGUCUGCUCUGCGGAAUGUUGGAAGGGGUACAAAAGAGUUGUGACUGGCGCUCACGUUUGCUGCUUCAACUGUGAGGCUUGUCCCGCAGGAACUUACGUGGAUAUAGAUGAUCUUUUCAAUUGCAAGCCUUGUGAGAUACAUCAGUGGUCUCUGCCAGAGAGUGACGCCUGCCUCAACCGAACUGUAGAAUACCUCCCAUGGAAUGACAUCACUUCGGCAGUGCUGAUAAUCACCUCAGUCAUGACACUGCUUCUGACUGUAGCCACGGCAGGCCUUUUCCUGCUAAACCUGAACACCCCAGUGGUCAAAUCGGCGGGUGGAAAGACAUGCCUGCUCAUGUUGUCCUCCCUGGCGUGUGCGUCCUGCAGCGUGUACGGUCACUUUGGCAUCCCCACGGCCGUGGGUUGCGCAUUCCUCCGGGAACUGUUCUGCUUCAGCUUCACCAUCUGCCUCUCCUGCGUCGCCGUCAGGUCAUUUCAAAUUGUGUGCAUUUUUAAAAUGUCUGGCAAGCUGCCAAAGGCUUACGAGUUCUGGACCAAAAAUAACGGUCCACAUGUAUUUAUCUUAGUCUCUUCUGCCAUUGGGUUCUUUAUUUCACUUAUGCGCAUUGUCCUGGAUCGUCCUGUACCAAUUGAGAACUAUAGCAUCUCUCCUGAUAAGAUCGUGUUGGAAUGCAGCGGGACCCAGUCUGUAGGCUCCGCUAUGGAGACAGGGUACGUGGGAUUGCUCAGCUUCUUGUGUUUUGCAUUUAGCUACAUGGGGAAAGAUUUGCCAGCGAACUACAAUGAAGCCAAGUGUGUCACGUUCAGCCUGUUACUAUAUUUAGUCUCUUGGCUUGGUUUCUAUACCACCUACGCAGUCUACAAAGGAAAGUAUACCCCAGCUUUUAACACCGUCGCUGUAUUGGCUAGCGUGUUGGGUAUGCUCGGGGGUUAUUUCAUGCCCAAGUGUUAUAUUAUUCUGCUGAAACCUCAGCUUAAUACUGCAGCGCAUUUUCAGAAUUGCAUUCAAAUGUACACUACCAAGAAAAGUGAUCAUUAAUGCUAAAAUAUUACUGCAGGUAAUCAUUCUGUACUUUAAAAGCCAAUGGAAUUAAGAAAGUACAUAUCCUGCUAGUAAUGGCAUUAUGACAUUUAUUUAGUUUAUAAUAACGUUUAAAAUACUUGCAAGUUUAUUAUUAUUAUUAUUAUUAUUAUUAUUAUUAUUAUUAUUAUUAUUAUUAUUAUUAUUAUUAUCUCUGUAACACUUUAAAAACCAUAGCUGCAAGAUUAUAUGAUUAUCAAUAGAGCUUCAUAUGAAUGCAUAGAAGUAACAUAUGAAUAACAAAUGUGUUUAAUGUUUCUACACCUGAAGAUAAAUACAUUUUUACAAAUUGCCAGAAAUUCAUAAUGAAUUCAGGUUGAACACAGUAGCAGCUAAUGACCUGGAAUUCAUAGCAAUGUGCAGCAAUUGUAUUACAGCUGAAUUAUUAUUAUUAUUAUUAUUAUUAUUAUUAUUAUUAUUAUUAUUAUUAUUAUUGGUUUACAGUUUCAACAAUAUAAAUCCUGUAGACAGCUAUAUUUGCCUUAUUAAAUACUGAAAUACUUAUUAAAUACUUUGUAUGUCUUUUGCAACCCAGCUAUCUUUGUAUAAAAUAAAUAAAUAAAAUACAAUACAAA